AUGCGCCCAAAAAGCCGAACUGAUUUUGCAAUCGCCAUUAUCUGCGCCCUUCCUCUGGAGGCUGACGCCGUUGAAGCUCUUUUCGACGAAUCCUACGAUCGAUUGGGCAAAUUUUAUGGUAAACAACUCGGAGAUGCGAACUCAUACAUAAAUGGAAGGAUUGGAGAGCAUAAUAUUGUCAUGUGCUACAUGCCAGGAAUGGGGAAAGGAAGCGCAGCAAGUGUGGCUUCAAGCCUACGAGUCAGCUACACUGGAGUCCAGCUUGCACUAGUUGUUGGUAUCUGUGGGGGGGCUCCACGUCCUUCUUGUGAUCAAAAAGUCUUUCUCGGCGAUGUCAUCAUUAGCGAUGCCGUGGUUGAAUAUGAUUUCGGCAGACAAUACCCGGGUGGUUUCUGGCGAAAGACUGAAGUCAGGGACAUCCUUGGAAGACCGGAUCGAGAAAUUCGGACGCUCCUGGCCGGCCUUAAGGCACGUCGAACAUGCAGCGAAUUUCAAGGCCAGAUGUUACAGCAUCUUCGCACCAUCCAGCAAUCAGACUCUCAGUGGCAUCUUCCGGCCUCCAAUGAUAUUCUGUUUGAAGCUUCUUAUCACCACAAGCAUUACAGUGUAGAUCCUUCUGUUGGUUGCUGUUGUUUUUAUGGAGACUCUCCUGAUGAUAUUUGUGAAGAGGCCCUGGAGAAAAAUUGCAAUAGCCUGGGAUGCGAUGGGAACCGAGUUAGUCGUCAUCGAGAUACUACAGAAGGAAUUGAAGCAUCUGUGCAUAUUGGGAAAAUUGCGUCCACUGACACAGUGAUGAAAUCCGGAGAACACCGUGACCAGAUUGUUAGAAAAGAGAGGGUGAUUGGUUUUGAAAUGGAGGGGGCUGGAGUGUGGGAUAAUAUUUCAUGCAUCAUCAUCAAGGGGGUGUGUGACUAUGCGGACAGCCAUAAAAACAAAACAUGGCAAGCCUAUGCAGCAGCAACUGGUGCUUCGGCUGCCAAAGCUUUCUUAGAGUAUUGGAGACCUAUUCACCGAGAAGAGAGGGAACAUCACUGGAUGGUCCCAUUUGGAAGAAACCCGCGAUUUGUAGGCCGGCAGGACGAGAUCAUCAAACUCGAGGAAUUAAUGAUGUGUCAGGGUGGAACGACCAAGAUCGCCAUCUGUGGGCUAGGGGGGGUUGGAAAGACCCAAGUAGCGCUGGAGUUGGCUUAUCGCAUGCGAGAUAGAGAUGAGGAGUGCUCGAUUUUCUGGAUUCCCUGUACCAGCUAUGAGAGUGUUGAACAAGCUUACAUGAGUAUCACACAGAUACUAGGGAUCCAGGACGUGAAGCCCGUGGAGGCAAAAGACCAAGUAAAGGCUUAUCUUAGCCAAAAGAGCGCUGGAAAGUGGCUUGUUAUUUUCGACAAUGCAGAUGAUAUGGACAUGUGGGUCAAGGGCAGCAAUACGACAUCAAGCCUUAAGAACUUUCUCCCUCAAAAUGAACAAGGCCACACUAUCUUUACCACUCGCAAUCGAAAACUAGCAGUGAAACUAGCGUCCUCUUCCGUGAUACCAAUUCCCGCGCUAGAUCAGGAGACUGGCGUGGAGAUUCUGAAAAAGUCACUGAUUCGAAAGGACUUGCUUGAUGAUAGGGACACAACCAUUGCUUUUCUUAAACAGUUGACCUUUCUCCCACUGGCCAUUACUCAGGCGGCCGCAUAUGUCAAUGAGAAUGACAUAGGACUAGCUGACUAUAUUGCACUUCUACAGGAACAGGAGCCUGAUGUUGUGGAACUGUUAAGUGAAGAUUUUGUGGAUGAAGGGCGCUAUACAAACAUCCAGAACCCGGUCGCCACUACCUGGUUGAUAUCAUUUCAACAAAUCCAGCACCUAGAUGAACUAGCAGCCGACUAUCUGUCAUUGAUGGCUUGCAUCAAUCCACGCGAUAUUCCUCAGUCCUUUCUUCCCCAGCCAACAUCUAAGAAGAAGAGAACCGAUGCCGUAGGCCUUCUUAAGGCCUAUUCCUUUAUUAAUAGUGAUCCUACCAAUCGACAGGGGAAAGCGGUGGAGAUCAAGAAGAGAGUGCUAGGCACAGAGCAUCCUGACACCCUGGCCAGCAUGGGCAACCUGGCAGCCAUAUACUGGAGUCAGGAACGGUGGAAGGAGGCGGAAGAGCUGGAUGUGCAGGUGGUGGACAUUAGUCAGAGAGUGCUAGGCGUGGAGAAUCGUGACACCCUAGCCUGCAUGGCCAACCUGGCAUCUAUAUACUGGAAUCAGGGACGGUUGAAGGAGGCAGAAAAGCUAGAUGUGCAGGUGGUAGAGAUCAGUCAGAGAGUGCUAGAAGCAGAGCAUCCUGACACCCUAGUCUCCAUGGCCAACCUGGCAUCCACAUACCUGUGUCAGGGACGGUGGAAGGAGGCGGAAGAGCUGAAUGUGCAGGUGGUGGAGAUCAGAAAGAGAGUGCUGGGGGCAGAGCAUCCUGACACCCUAGCCAGCAUGGACAUCCUGGCAUCCAUAUACAGAAGUCAGAGACAGUUGAAGGAGGCGGAAGAGCUGUUGAUGCAGGUGAUGGAGAUCAGUUCAAGAGUACUAGGCACAGAGCAUCCUGACACCCUGACUAGCAUGGGCAACCUGGCAGCCACAUACCAGAGUCAGGGACGGUGGAAGGAGGCGGAAGAGCAGGAGGUGCAGGUGGUGGAGAUCAGGAAGAGAGUGCUGGGGGCAGAGCAUUCCUCCACCCUAACCAGCAUGAACAUCCUGGCAUCCAUAUACGGGAGUCAGGGACGGUGA